AUGCCUAAAAGGAUCAUAUCUGAUAAUGUGUUGAACUUGAACAACAACUUAAUAGCGGAAGUUUGUAGUCAGUUCAAGAUCAGACACCACAAUUUAUCACCGUACCGUCCAAAAAUGAAUUGUGUCGUGGAAGUAGCUAACAAAAACAUCAAGAAAAUUGUAGGGAAAAUGACUGAAACCUAUAAGGACUGGCACGAGAAAUUACCUUUCGCCCUCCUAGCAUAUCGUACUUCUGUUAGGACCUCUACUGGGGCAACACCAUUUUCUCUAGUCUAUGGGAUGGAAGCAGUUUUACCCAUAGAAGUUGAAAUUCCUUCUCUCCGAGUAUUAGCUGAACUAAAGUUGGAUGAGGCUGAAUGGAUUCAAUCUCGAUAUGACCAGCUAAACUUGGUAGAAGAAAAGAGGUUAAAAGCUAUUCGUCACGGGAAAGGAGGAAUACCUGUUUACUUCAGAGGCCGGCGUCGGAGCCCGUAUUCGUCGUCGUCGAAGUUGAGCAAAAGGGGCCGUUCUCGCGUAACUCCGGCCACUGGCCAUGGAGGCGGAGACGGUGGCCUGGGUUCAAAGGCUGAGGCAGGGAGAGAGAACCAGAGGGUGUCUCCGUUUUUUUAA